UCUCUCUUUUGUAUUGAUUUUGCAAUGUACAACUGAAAGCCGUUGUAUGGCAUUCAUUUCAGAUUCACGUUAGCGCUUCAUCGCCUGUGGCCGACCACUGCAGUACAUGGGCGCUGAGCGACAGCAGGGAUAGACUGUUUCGCAAAGAUUGUGACCAUCAGCACGACUUUUCCUGUCCCCAAUGCGAAGAUCUAAGCGAUGUAAUAGCAGCGAUCAAAGUCUCCCUAGAAGAGGAUAUCCUUCCAUUUAUAGAGGAUCAGCUAAUAGACCUUCGCCAUAGAUGUGGGAAGGCAGCAGAGGACAUUCAGCUGUGGAAAGCUCAUCUUCUUCGCAGCAAUCGACAGGAUGCUGCAAGAAUUAAAGUAAUAGCAGAUCUCGACGAAUCUUCAGUACUGAUCACAGACGACUGGGCGAUGAAAUUUCUCCCGAAAAAAUACCGUGAGUCCCAGACGGACUGGUUUGCCAAGAGGGGAAUUUCUUGGCAUAUAAGUGUGGUGGCCAGGAAAAACGGGGAUGAGGUCCAAACUCAGACCUUCGUUCACAUCGCAAGGAACUGCAAUCAAGAUGCUUCUGCUGUGGUUCAUAUUGUGGAACACGUCCUGCGUACCAUCAAGAGCGAGUGCCCUGAAAUAAAAAAGGCAUUCUUACGUCAGGACAACGCAGGCUGUUACCACAGUGCGGCCACACUAGCCGCAUACGCCGACAUGGAGAAAAGAACUGGGAUAAGGGUCGAACGUGCAGAUUUCAGCGAUCCACAAGGAGGCAAGGGACCGUGCGACAGGAAAGCGGCGCACAUAAAGGCGCAUGUUCGCAAGUAUAUCAAUGAAGGACACGACGUGACGACGCUUGAACAGCUGAAGAAUGCUAUGCUGUCAUAUGGUGGUCUUCAAGGGGUCCGUAUAGCACUAGUGGAUGCGUCUCUCAUCAAGCAAUCUCUCAGCGCCAAGUGGGAAGGAAUCAGCUUUCUCAAUAAUUUUGAGUACCAAGGCAGCGUCAUCAAUUCAUGGAGAGCUUUCGAUGUGGGACGAGGGAAAGGUUUUCCUGUUGACGACAUGCAAGGUGGGCAUAGGUUUCUAUACUUAUUCAAAUGAGCGGUGCAACUAUUAUCCAUCUUCAUCUAAUAUGCGCCGCAUGGAUCGAAAAAUAAAAUAAAAUAAAUGUCACCCUAU